CGCGCAGUCGCCUUCUCUCCUCUACUGUCGUGGCACGGCGCGUGUUCCUUCCUUCCAUUUCCAUAAAAGAAAGGAAAGCCGGCCCCGGUUCCCUGCUCUGACCAAAGCUCGCUCACAGCAGCAGCAAGCAAGCAGGGAGACAUGAGAGGAGGAGGCAGCGGCCGCCUCGCCCCGUGGCUGCCCUUGCUCCUGCUCGCCACGUGCUGGGGCGGAGGCGCCGACGGGCACGGCGUGCACCCGCUGUCGCGGAUCGCCAUCCACCGCGCCCGCGUCGCCCUGGACGCGUCCGCCGCCGUGCGCGCGUCGCCCAACCUCCUCGGCUCGCGGGCCGAAGAUACGGCUUGGGUGACCGUAGAAUUCAAAAUACCACGUGCAAGCGACGGCGACUGGAUCGGGGUAUUCUCCCCUUCCAAUUUCAAUGCGUCCACAUGCCCUGCUUCCCAUGGGUCAGGCCCUGGCCCUGCGAUAUGCUCCGCGCCAAUAAAGUAUCAGUUUGCAAACUACUCGUCAGGUUAUAACAGGUCAGGGACAGGGGCUCUCAAGUUCCAGCUGAUCAACCAGCGCCAGGAUUUCUCCUUCGGAUUCUUCACCGGUGGACUCUCAAAUCCAACGCUCGUGGCGGUGUCGAACAGGAUCGUCUUCGCGAACCCGAAAGCGCCGGUUUACCCACGCCUAGCGGUCGGGAAAACAUGGAACGAGAUGACUGUCACAUGGACAAGCGGCUAUGGCAUCAGUGAGGCGCACCCCUUCGUUGAAUGGGGCAAGAAAGGGAGCCGUCCUGGGCACGCACCAGCUGACACUGUCACCUUCGGUCGUGAAAGCCUCUGUGGAGAGCCUGCUCGUAGUGUUGGUUGGAGGGAUCCAGGCUCCAUACACACAGCUUUCCUCAAGAAUCUGUCACCAGAGAAAGAAUACUACUACAAAAUCGGACACAUGCUCCAUGAUGGAAAGGUUAUAUGGGGCAAGCCAAAAUCUUUCAGAGCACCUCCUUAUCCCGGGCAGAAGUCGCUGCAGAGGGUUGUUAUUUUUGGCGACAUGGGAAAGGACGAGAGGGACGGAAGCAACGAGUACCAGAAUUACCAGCCUGCGUCACUCAACACCACCGACGCGCUGAUCAGGGACCUCGACAACACCGACAUCGUCUUCCACAUCGGCGACAUCUCCUACGCUAACGGGUAUCUCUCACAGUGGGAUCAGUUCACGCAGCAGGUCGAACCGAUCACCUCCAAGGUGCCCUACAUGAUCGCAAGCGGGAACCACGAGCGAGAUUUCCCCAACAGUGGGUCGCUGUACAACGGCACGGACUCCGGCGGCGAGUGCGGGGUGCCGGCCGAGACCAUGUACUACGCGCCGACGGAGAAGAGGGACAACUACUGGUACUCCAUGGACUACGGGAUGUUCCGGUUCUGCGUGGCGGACAGCGAGCACGACUGGCGGGAGGGCACGGAGCAGUACAGGUUCCUGGACCGCUGCCUGGGCAGCGUGGACCGGGCGAAGCAGCCGUGGGUGGUCUUCAUCGCGCACCGCGUCCUCGGCUACUCCUCGGGCUUCUUCUACGGCUACGACGGGAUGUUCGCGGAGCCCAUGGCGCGGCAGAGCCUGGAAGGGCUGUGGCGGCGCCACCGGGUGGACGUCGCCUUCUACGGCCACGUCCACCAGUACGAGCGGACGUGCCCCGUCUACGAGGAGAGGUGCGUGCCGGACGGGCACGGCACCGUCCACGUCGUCGUCGGGGGCGGCGGCAGCCACCUGAGCAACUUCACCGCCGUGGCCCCGCCGUGGAGCGUGUACCGGGAGAUGGACUACGGGUUCGGCAAGCUCACGGCGUCCGACGCCAGGUCGCUCCAGUUCGAGUACCGGCGGUCCAGCGACGGCAAGGUGUACGACAGCUUCACCCUGCACAGGGGCUGAGUAGCUGUUACCCUCUGGCCUCUGACCACAUGAUGCAGAGGAAAUAGGCUAUACACAUAAACUGAGAUGAACACGUCCGUGCAUAGAUUCUCCCAAGUCUACUCUAAAUAAAGGGAAAAGAAAUUCUCUAUGAGUUUAGUCAUGUAUACAUGACAUGAUAUGCAAACUAAUUUUUUUGCGAAAAAAUUUGCGAUCUAUUCAUCAACUGUCAAAGUAGUACAAAGUACACCAGAAGAUGUAUAUGGUGCUCAUGAUAGCAAUGAUGUAUAUGAUGAAGUUGUAUAUGAUGCUCAAGAUAGCAAUGAUGUCUGCUUAAGAACACCAAAAUAUGUAUA